AUGAUAGCUGGUGUUGUUGGUGUUGUUGGGGAUUCAUGGAUGUUGGAAGCAGAACAUGUUCCCGUAACUUGGCACUCUAUUAGAGGUUUCAAUCAAGACUCCUAUGAUGAAAUCAAACAAGCUCUUUGUAGAGAUGUUGGUGCUCUUAGUUCUUCAAAAAUAGCUAAUACUUCAUCUUCCUGUUAUUGCAGAUCGAUUGCAAGGGCAGCAAGGUUUGCAAUGAUAGCUGAGGAAGUUGGUUUUCUUGACUUGAUUUCACUUGUUAAGAAAUUCUUGAAAGAAACCAUUCAGCCAUGGUUAGAUGGCACUUUUAGAGGGAAUGGAUUUUUGUAUGAAAAGCAAUGGGGAGGGCUUAUUACUAAAAGCGUUCUUGCAAAGAUUGAUCCGAAUUGGGGUAAGAAGUAUAGGUCAGAAGCAUAUUCAGUCAUAGAAGAUUUCAUGAACUUGGGAGGAAAAGAUUCAAAAUCUAAGUAUACACGUUUAAGGUGUUUUGAUCUGUUCAUGUUGCACUCUUGGGAUUCAGGGCUAGAGGAUAGUGAUGUUGGAAGAUUUCAAUUGAUUAGUGGUGAAGCUGUGAAUGCAUAUUAUUCAGCAGCGUUGAUGGGUUUGGCAUAUAAUGAUGCAAAUCUUGUUGCUAUUGGUUCAAUUCAUGUCUCAAGCUAUUUAGCUUCUUCUCUAGUUCCGCGGUGCUCCCUUCAAAAUAAACGGUGGUUCUUUGAUUUUCGUCACUCAUGUGUUUGGUUGAAAGGUAUUGAUGCCAAAUUGAACAGAAGAGAAAAAUGGUAG